AUGCCCUUUCAUCUCUUCAUCUGCUCCCUUCCCUUCAUCGCACCUUCUGUCAAGAAGGCCAAGUUCAAAGUCCGCAAGUUCAUGGCGAAGAUCAAGGUCCGCCGCCUGCUGGCCAAGGACGUAAAGGCCGACAACGAGCACGGCUUGUCAGUCUCGAACGAGUGUGCAAGAAUAUGCAAUGCCUUUGUAGGCAGCGCGCCGGAAUCUAGCACCGACAACCAACUCGCUGGUGCCUUCGGAAACAUGGCACUCCAGCAAGGUCCCCGCGGUGUCGACCGAGGUCGCCACCAGAGCUUCUUCGCUCUGAACGCUCCACAGGGAAACCCAUUUGCCGCAGCUGGCGCUGCCAGUAUGCCAUUUCCCACCAGCCUUCAGCAACAGCCCUUUACUGGCCAGCACUUCGGUCCGCCAGGGGCUUCGAACAGUCUCGAACGAGUGUGCAAGCCCAAAGCUUCCAGCAGUUCUUCACUGGGCAGCAGUUUGGCCCCCCAGGCGCGUCGAACAGCCUGGCACUCACCAACCCAAACGGCUUCGGCAGGUUUGAUCCGCGCCAAGGUGCCGGCCGGUAUGGUCGUGGCUCUCGUGGACUCGCCUCGGGCCCUGGUUGCGUUGGAGUCACAGCUCGUCCGAUUGUGCGAGAUCUGCACUGUAUGUCUUGGUUUGAACGUGGUUCAAGUCAUUGCAUACAGUGUCGAACUUGCACACUCGUUCGAGCUGCGACUCCAACGCAACCGAGACUUUGAUGGCUGA